CGCAUUUUAUGAAUUGAUAGGACACUGAAGUUUUGUUUCAGAUCGUGGUCGUCUUGUUUUCGAAAUAUUACUUUUUAUCUUGGUGAUUAUUGAAAGAAUCACGAACAAAAUAAAGGAGGGAAUUAUUGUAACGCUAAAAACGGUUGGAGAAUUUAGAUAUUUUUUGAUCGGAAAAGUGUCACUUUGAUCCACGAUAACUGUUCAGUUCCUGCUAUUCGGUUGUGUCAGUGCAGUUGAAGCCUAACUUUAUCUCGUCGGGACAUUCAUUCACACGACCAUUCCAGCCAGUAGAUCAGGUUGUACUCUACGGCGCUUCAAUCCUGAAAAUGGCCAACGAAGACAGUAAGUCACUUGUAAAUAAAGAAUUUCUUACAGGCGUUGUUGAAGGUAUGUUGUACAUUAUGUUCUAUCUAAUUUACACUUAGGGUUUUAUGGUCGACCUUGGACAUAUCCCCAACGGAAAGAACUGUUUCGGAGGAUGAAUCAAAUGGGGAUGAAUGCUUACCUAUAUGCUCCUAAGGAUGAUAUAAAACACAGACAGUCAUGGAGGGAUUUGUACACUCCAGAGGAAGAGCAGCAACUUCAGUUUUUGAUCACUGAGUCCACUGAAGCUGGAGUACUUUUUAUUUUUGCUAUAUCACCGGGCUUAGAUGUAACGUUCUCUAGUGCUAAAGAAGUAGAUAUUUUAAAGAAAAAAGUUGAUCAGGUUUCAAAACUUGGUUGUCGUGCAUUUGCCCUUCUUUUUGAUGAUAUUGAACCACGCCUAUGUCCUGCAGAUCGAGAGGUAUUUAACUCAUCAGCCCGUGCUCAGGUUAUGUUCGCGAAUGAAAUUUACAAUCAUUUAGGAUGUCCAGAUGUCUUUUUAUUCUGUCCAACGGAGUACAGUGCAAGUUUAGCAGUACCUAAUAUUAAUAAGUCAGAAUAUCUGGCGACAGUCGCUUCCUGUUUAGCACCAGGUAUCGCUGUAAUCUGGACCGGUCCGCUUGUAGUAUCUAAACGAAUUUUAACUAAGGAGCUGAAGGAAUUAUCUACUUUACUACAACAUCCUAUCGUUUUAUGGGACAAUCUACAUGCUAAUGAUUAUGACCAGCGUCGCGUAUUUAUAGGACCGUACAGUGGUCGACCCUUAGCUUUACGUCGCCAAGGCUUGCUUAGAGGAGUGCUGACCAAUCCGAAUUGUGAAUUUGAAGCAAACUAUGUGGCGUUUCAUACUCUUGCACAAUGGUCGAGACAAGCUGGUAGCAAACAUAUAAUACAAUCAACUGAUACAGAAAUGCUAUGUACAAGUGAGGAUUUUGAAUCUAAUGCUUCUGAUGAUAACGAAGUGAUUGAUGAUGGUAUCGAUGAUCAAAAGUCAGGUGAUAUUAAUGAACACCCGUCUGUCUGUCAGGAUGACUGUGUAAGUAGAAAACGACAAUAUGCAUCUGUUUACAGACCUCGUGAGGCUCUCCGUAUAGCUUUGCGAGACUGGCUUGCAUUAAUGCUUCAGGUUGGUGCUUCAAAACCUAGCACGGCUAUAGGUACUCCUACACCUAUGGAUACAGAUAAUCUUGAAACUGGUCAAAACGAAGCUCCUAUGCAGGUUGAAUCCACCCCUUCCAAUGUCGUCAUGACUUCUGAUAAUAAUUCUUCUGAAACCCCUAUUUCAGGUGAUGUAAAUUCAGUUACUGUUACCUUAGAGGAUUUGGAAAUGUUCGCUGAUCUUUUCUAUUUACCUUUCUCUCAUGGACCCUCAGCUAUUCGUCUACUAGAAUUAGGACAUUGGUUACGUGAAUAUUCGUAUGUAUGUGGACCUAACCCAUCUGAUCUUGAGAAAGCAACUGAAUGGAACAAAAAGUUAUCAGAUUAUAUAGAUAUGGUUUCUACAAUUGGUCGAAUACGAGAUCGUAUACAACGUUUACCAUCUAAAAGUAUCUCCUAUGAACUAGUACCAUAUAUAACCGAAGUUCAUAGUGUAGUUGGAAUUAUCCUGGAUUAUUUCCGAUGGUUAGAAACUGGAGUCAUGGCUUUUCGUAGCAUGUCUCAUUUAAAGCGGCUUUUAACAUGGUUUUCGCCUGGUUACCGUGAUAUGGUAACAUCUGGUGAUCAAGAACCAUGGACAUUUCGUGGUGGAUUGAUAACAGAACUUCAGAGAAUUUUACCUCUCGAAUCUGCUCAAGAUCUUUUCCCUGCACCAAGUCGUGCUGUCCCAGGCAUGACUACCAUUCCUUGUUUGAAUUGGCCUGAUAAUGCAUCAAGUGUAUACACACCACUUGCGCCUUCUGUUCCCCCAAUGAUUCCAAUUCAACCUUCAAUUUUCCCAAAUUUUUCAAGGUUUCCAUCAUAUAUAGUUCGACCAUAUAGACCUGAAGAUAAAUCAUGUAUGUAUGGCUUAUUCAGAAAACUACUUUUGACUCGUGUUGGUUUACCUGAAAACGCUCUUCCAUUAGAAUUCCAGGAUUUACCAGGUGACAAGUAUUUACUUCCAUUUCUACAACAUUCACCUGAAAAUUGUUUUAUGGUUAUGGGUCCACCCUUCCUGCAGACCUCAGUUGAUUGCUCUAGCUCAGUCACAAAUGCUGAUCAUUCUACCACAAGUAAUUGUGUUGGCUUUGGUGUUUCAGCACCAGAUGCUGUAUGUUGGGCUCGUGAACGUACUACUCACUAUCGAGAGUCAAUGAAAUUGAAAUAUCCACGUGAUUUCCAAAUUGGAAUACACAAUUUAUCGCAUUGUAACAAAUUAGUCGUUGGAAAUGGUGAGACCAACAACUCUAACUUGAACGUUGUUACUGCGACUGAUACUGCUCGAUUGGAACCUCCUGUAAUUUCAUCUGCCCCACUUUCCCCUUUAACAGAUGAUCGUUCUUCAAGCAUUACUCCAAAUCAAAAUUCUGUGGCUGUCGAAGAAUUCAUCAAGUCUAUGAUUUCUUCUUUCCACAAUGAUACAUCUGAAGUUGUUGAUAUUGCUGCAGCUGUGAAUUUAAUCCCUCCUCCUGAACCACUUGGUGGAUGCCUUCCCAUGGAGCCACCACUAUCUGGUUGUUUGGAACAAUGUGAACCUAAUUGUACGACUGCUCCAAUCACUUCUAAUAUUCCUACUAAUUUGUCAUCUCAAUUAGAAUUAAAGUCUUCUUUUCCUAUUGAUGAAUGUGGUGCAACUAUCCCAGCUUUACCUUUGCCUACACCUAUUUUACCAGAUACCGCUCCUCCAUCUCCACCAUCUGGAACUACUUGUGCACCAUCAUUAGUGCCUGAGACAUGUUCAAGUAGUCCUGCAACAACAAAUUCAGUGAUAGCUCGGAAUCUUAUUGUUGCUGGUGGACCAGAAGCACUUCAUAGUGCUUUAACAGCUCAUCCCGCUAUUAUAUGGAUUGAAUUUGAUGAUAUAGGAUUAAAUAGUUGUGUUAAUGGUCCUACACCUGCUAUGCUUAUUAAUCAUAAUCUUGGAUUAUGUGCAGAUUCACCUGAAGUGUUGUUGGAUUCUGUAGCACGUCGAUUAUUUAUUUGUUUGUUAGCGGCAUUGAAGACAGUCGGCGCUCAUGCAAGUUCUUAAAUGAUAAUUUGUUAUUAUAAAAUAUGAUUGAUAAAUUUCCUUAUUUUAAACAACUAUUUCUAUUUCUUGUUUCUUUUGAUAAUUGUUUUCUUAAAUAAGUAUAUAUUUCGGAGAUAUAUAAACAGUAUAAUUUUGUAAGAUAUUAUCACUAUUCUAUUUCAACUUAAUCGGUAAAAUUUGUUUAGUUACUAAAAGAUUCUCGACAAGCAUGACAGUGGUCUCAACUCAGUGAUUAAUCACUUGUAAAUAAUUUUUAACUUAAAUAUUUAUGUAAGAAAUAAACUAGAUUAAAUUGAAUUUAUUAUGAAAUAUUUAAAUCUACAUUUAACAAAUACUUAGAAUUAAAUGUUGCGUAUGCCUGAACACCGUUUACAACGACGCACAAUGCUGACCAGUGUCGGGGAUGGUUGGAAGAAAAUUAGGUGUGGCCAAACCAAAACGUGGCAUCAGUCACUAAAUUCUAGUUUGGGUCAUGUUGGUAGAUGCAGACUACUUGGUUGGGGUCCGCGUGCCUAUCGUAGCCAAUGGUUGGAGACUCUUGGUGACAUGGCUCAGAAUCGAUCACAAUGGCGUAGGUGUAUAUACUCUCUGUCUUCCCUUAAACUAAGAGGUUAAAAUCGCUCCAUAUCUUUCUACGAACUAUUUCUUUCUUCCUGCACUAUAUCCUUAUUGCAAUCUUUCUUUUAUAUAUUACCACCUCUGAAUUAACUACUUUUAUGUAUCCGGUGUCCAUCUUGUUGUGUUAAUGAGGUAUGGCAACUUAAACCGAUGCAUAUAUGUGCAUGAUCCCACGUUGUAGCUGGCUGACUGACUAGAUGUAAAUUAACAAGGAUUGUUUAAAACUUGAAUAUAAUGCUUUGGUACAUUUUGAUUAUUGUAUUAUUUAGCUGAGAAUUCUAUAACAGAGAAUUACUUUUAAAAUUUUCAACUGAACCAAUCAAUCGGAAUUGUGACUAAAGUUUUACGAGUAUAUCAUGUGAAUGGAAUUGACAAUCUUUUAACUAAAUUGUCAAUGCUUAUGCUUAGAUCAUCACAUUGGUUACUUUCAAAAAACCAUUUCAUGUAAACUGCAAGUAUUUAUAUUUCUUAAAUUGGAAUAGAAAAGUUAUGUUUAUUUUGUAGAUUCAUCAUUCAUGUCAUGUUUUCUGUUAGUUUACGAAGCUCGAUUUUUUUUAUUCUACAUUAUAUUGGUUGAUAAUAAUGGAUUACUUUACUUAGUUUUAACCCGACAACAAUAUUAUCGAUAUAUAUAAUGGAGCCUAUAUUAUCGAGAAAAAAUUAGUUGAACCAAUCUAAUGUUCAAACAAAAACCAUUAAAUAACAAGAAAAUGUAUUUUUUAUGAUUCAAUAACAAUGAAUAAUACACUUGAUACGAAAGAUAUAAGAUUGUGCUUUGUGUUGGCCACUGGUAAUUACUAGAAUGCAACCAUGUCUAGUUGAUGAGUCUUUAUAUGAGACAAAAUCUACAUUCUGAAUUUCAUCGAUAAUCAGUAUGUAAUAAAUAGCUUUUUUAUUUCGUUAUUUCAUUUAAGUUCUGUUAGUGGUAUUAUAAUAGGGUUUGUUUUUUUAUCGUAUUUCUAUUUUACUACAGGGAGCACAUGUACAGUUGGAUACUAUCAAUGAACAUCGGGCAGAACUUUAUCGACGUUUUGGUUUUUAUCCUAUUCCAGCAGCUUCAAAUGAACAAACAACUGUUUUAGCUCGUUUAAUUUGAUGAAAAUCCUAUUCCUCUUCCCGUCAUAUAAUCUAUGACAUAGUUUUCUUGUGUGAAGUGUUCAAUUAUCAAUGUUGAUCAUGAUGAUAUUGCUUAAAUUACGUUCCUGUUCUAAAUCCAUAUUAUUAAAUGUUAUCACUGUAGAUUAUCAAUUCACACACAUACAUAUAGUUGUUUGUUUGUAUGAAUAAUUCAAAGACUAUUCUGCACGUUAAUGAAUCUUGUUCUGACUCGUACGUGCAUUUCUGUUUAUAUGUAUGUUUGACAUAGAAAUAUAAGUUUAUUAUGUUUAUUUAGACAAGUGAAUCUAAUUUGUCCUCUUUCUCUAAUCCAUAAUCUAAUUUGUUUUUAAUAUCCUUUGGUUAAACAAUAAAAGCACAAAAGUUAAAAAAAACGCGUAUAGUUGGGUUCUUUUUCAGUGAACGUGCUUCUAUAUAUACAGAUAGCUCAGUUAAUUGAUAAAAUAACUUUUCUACCAUUUAUUCCAUUGUCCUGUAAUGUUGUUACAUCAUAACGUUUAUAAGUAUAUUUAUGCAAACAGUCAAGUUGAAAGUGAUCUCUUAUAAAUUGAAAUUACAAAUUUCUUUUGAUCUCUUUCAGCGUAGCUAUACAUACAUAAAUCAUGUAGUCUUUUAUUUUUAAUUGUUAUUUGUGCCGAUAUUAAUGUUGCUUCCUUUGCAGGAGGCUCAUUUUAAUAUAAAUUGGAUGAAAAUAUAAUUUGUUAACCUUUUUCUUUUGCAACCUGUAUAGUUUAUACAUAAACUCUUGAGAUUAUAUAUGCAUCAGAACUGAUUGUUCAAAAAACUAGAAAUAAUACUUUUGUCGUAUACUUAAUAUAUUAAACGCCACUGUAUUACUGAUCAAUGAAAUGACUGAUGAAAUUAUUGAAAUCACCAGGAUCCUGUCAAAUUAAGUCGAAGGAUAUAUUUCAUAGCUUGAUGUUUAUCAAAAGUAUGGUUUUAACAUAAAACCAUUAUCUCUGGAUGCGUAACAUCAAUGUUUACAUAAAUUCCUGCUGGUGGAAAAGAUGAAUUAUAUAUCGAAGCGAAAAAUACAUAUACUAAUCUCACAUAAAUUUAAUCAGUUGGAUGUUAAUUACGUUAAAUGUCCAUUUUAUGUUCCACAACGAAUUUUAUGGAUAGCUGGGUCAUGUAGCGCUAAGUUCUCGUCUUUCAAAAGAUAACCUAUUUUAUCUGAAUAAAUACUGGGAAAUGUCACGCUACGUGACACACUGAAAACUACUAAUAUCCCGGAGACGGCCAGUUUAUUAUCGGUGGUAAAUAAAAAUUAACUUUUAAGUAUAUUAUACAAUUUCCAAACAAUUAAAUUUAUUUACGAGAAAAUAUAUUGUCUACCCUCACCAAAUUUUGAAAUAUGCUCGUAAGUAACUCGUUAGCCGGACAGGAUAUUAACUCACACAUUUCUAGAUAUAAAACAAACCUUGGUAAAUUUUGCAACCACAGAAUCCGUUGUAUAGUUUUUUUCUGAUUACAAUCUACAGUUAGAAAUAGAGGAAUUGUAGAUUUCCCUACUGAAAAAUAGGAAAUCGUCAAUAGUUUCACAAAAAUGCAUAUGUUUUGAUUUAGAUGUAUUUUUCUUGUUCUUCCGUUUAGAGUUGCAUUUGUUCUAUACAUUGUUGUUUUGUUUCUUUAUAUUUGCUAAUAUAUAGAACUUGUAACCUUGUGUGAUUUUCUUAUUCUAAAAAUGAGUCGUGUAGUUUAUUCUUGUUGAUAUAAUUAGUAUUCAUACUUGAAACAACUGUGCAAAAAUUCUUGAUUCAUACUAUGCCCUGUAACUUGAUUGAUAAACCAUUUCAUAAUCUCAAUGCCACUAGUAUAUAACUGCUAAUGUGAAUAAAAAAGCUGAAUUCGAAUAUUUUCAUGUUUAAUACAUUUCUUUGUUUUUUUUUCAGUGGUUUCUCUUUGAUACAAAAUGAAAAUAGAACCCUCUUCGUAUUAGGACAUAAACCUAAACUAAAAGAAACACUACAUUAUGCCUAUUCUAUCACAACAUAUCUGUUAAUUAAUAAAAAUACUCAGAAAAAAUGUUG